AUGCUGGAGUUGGGCGCCGGCACGAAUCCGCCCGCGAGCAGCGCCUCGUCCAUGCUGUCCAUGCUCAACAUGGAGUCGUCCCGGUCCAACGCUUUCCUGCUGGGCAGCCCGCCGCUGGCCGCGCUCCACUCGAUGACCGACAUCCGCGCCAGCCAGGCGUCGUACUCAGCCGGCUCGUCGGCACUCAAGGCGCAGAGUUCGCUUUCGUGCGCCUACUCGAGCGCCUCGGGUACUCCGCACGGCAUCAACGACAUCCUGGGGCGGCCGCAGGCAGCAGCCGCGGCCGCGGCGGCUGCCGGGCUCGGCGCCAUCGGGCUGCCCCGCUUCGGCCUCGGCGCGGCCGGCGUCUACUUCAACCCGGCCAACGGCGCGUUGCACAAGAUGGGCCUGACAGAGUUGCCCGGCCGGCCGCACCUCUACUGGCCCGGCGUGGUCCAGAACCCAGCGCUCUGGAGGGACCGCCUUGCAUCCGCCUCAGUGGCCCAGAACUGCUUGGACAAGGACGGCAAGAAGAAGCAUACGCGACCCACCUUCUCCGGUCACCAGAUCUACGUUUUAGAGAAGACCUUCGAGCAGACCAAGUAUCUCGCAGGACCCGAGAGAGCCAAGCUUGCCUACGCCCUUGGCAUGUCCGAAAGUCAAGUAAAAGUGUGGUUUCAAAAUCGGAGAACGAAAUGGCGGAAGAAGCACGCCGCCGAGAUGGCGACGGCCAAGAAGAAGCACGACAACGAGGCCGAGCAACUGCGCCACGACGACGUGUCGGACCACGAGAUGGAACACGGCGACGCCAAGAAAAUGCGCCAGGAGGACCCGUUGCUACGGCACCACCACCGCGACGACCGCCGACCCGACAGCUUAGCCUCCAUCUAAGUGGCCACACCCGCUUACAUACACAGUGCAAUACUCUUCUCCCUUUCCCCGUGCAUUAAUUAGCCCUGUACAUAGUUAUUCUCCCAGGAGGCCCAGAUACUGUACAUACUAUAACAAGAGACUGCGUGACCUCUCGCGCUAUAUGUGCCACAACCUCAGGUUGGGCGACAGAAAAAGAAGAAAAACAAGAGGGACAAAAGACUGUGCGAAGCGCGAGCACGGUCCCUGAGCCCCUGCUCGCCCGUUCUUUGGGACUCGUCUUCCAUGCGCCUACACUUCAUGGACUCCGAGGCUGUGAGAGGGCCGCGCGUCUUGCCACAGCUCAGUGAGGAGAGGACUCCAGUUUGAAGUCGUGCCCUUCUGACUGCGCACACACCUCGCCGUCGCUGGACGUCGCCAUCCGGCGCCUUCUUUUUGUUUUCUUUUCGGAGUGUAAACGCGCGCAAUGUACACCGGGAGUCGUGCUUUCUCGAGUGUGCGGCCAAUGCUCGUUUCCAGCCAUGUCAAUCGAGCGCACUGCCCCACGUCUCGUCGCGCUUGUCGGUUCCUAUAGCACAGUUCGACCGAUGCCGCAGUCGAACUGACGCUUCAGACGACGCCCGAGAGAUCAAGCAGGCAGUACACAAUGCGCUCACGUGUGCUCAGCGGGGCGCGAUCAUUGUAUACACUGACGGCGAAAGCUUCUGCGGCUAUAUGCCGUGCAGUCGUGGUUCUUUGAUUAGGUCUUUCAUAUGAAAUACGUACCCUGCAUGCACCGUGGAUCCCGUGCGCGUAUGUCUGAAAUCGAUUGAUAAGUGAAUGAGGAUCGAUGUGAUAUGUGUGGCAUAGCUGUUUCGGGUGUAUAGUUGUGCUGCUGUACAUGCUUUUCGUUGUCGUGCACCAGUGUAUAAAUAUGGCGCGAAAAGACAAUAAUAUGGUCUGAUAAAAAUAAGCCAACUGAAGGAACGCUACCUUUCUCGUAUACCGUUUACGCGAUUAAUCGUGCUAUCGAUAUGUUUAAGCAAAAAAAAAUUCCAUUAUAAAAACACCAACGCACGUCCUCACUCAACACUGACACAUCGAACAAUGUUUAAGUUGUUCUGACGAAAGAGGAUUCGAUAAAUAUGAACGACCCGCGUUGUUGUCGACAAUAGUGUUGCGGGUGUGUUUUCUAAUGAACAGAGAUAAUUCAUAGUCUUUCUAAAACUACCUUCUGUAAAAUGGCUCGAGACUGGUCGACCAUUUUGUGCUAUAGGGGAGUAGUGGCACAACGUUUUAUUCACAAUAAAAACCCUACGAUGUUUCU